UUGGAGAGAAUGCCUCGCUAUCAGUGUUGAAAAUAAAAGUGCCAAAACGAGACUGAUUUACAAAGAGAGGGAGACUUUUGACCAUGCUGGAAAAGAUCGCAAAACUAUGCACGAAGCAUGGUUUUGUAUUCCCCGUUGAAAGCAGGGUAAAUGGUUCCUUGCUCACAUGCUAUGACUUUGGGCCUAUGGGUGCAGCAUUUAGUAGUAAUAUACUGAAGGAAUGGUGGGAUUCAGUGGUGUUAAACAAACCAAGUAUUUACCCUGUAAUCAAUACUGCCCAGACCUCCUGUCCAGAUAGUGUUCCUAUAGGAAUGGACAAAGAAAAUCCCUUAUUUUUACCACCAUCACUGGCCAAAGGGACCUUAUUGUGGUAUCCAUAUGUCUUCAGUGAGAUGAAUCACAGACUUCCCCUUGGCAUUGUUCAGUGUGGAAAGUGUUUCACUAGAGAAAACAUAGAUCAGUCAAAAUUUAUAUACCAAAGUUCAGUAUUUACUCAGCUACUCUUACAAUACUUUGUGUCUCCAAAGGACACAAACAAGUGGUUUGGCUAUUGGGUACAGGAGAGGUUAAACUGGUGGAGAACGUUUUCUAAAUACCCACCAAAUUUUAUUACUGCUGACGAGGAAGAAAACGAAGAUUUGCACCAACAACAAAUUUGUAUAAAGUUUGCAUUUCCUUGGGGACUUGAUAAUGUUGAAACCAUCACAGUGAAAAGAGUAGAAACAAUCGGGGAGCUUGACACUUUAUCACAGGUAACAACAGGAAAGAAGUCAGUGGUUCCACAAUUGAUAGAAUCUUCCACAAUUCUAGAGCAGGCAAUGUUAGCGUAUCUUGUGGAUUCUUAUGAAGAAGGUGUGAAAAACAGUGACACUAAGGAAAUGAAGAAAGUCAUUCAUUUACAUCCAAGGUUAGCUCCAUAUAAAGUGGCUGUGGCAACUGUACACUCCCAAGACCAUUCAACCUCAGAAAUGAGAGAAGUUGCAGAUUAUGUUGGCCUAUUAUUGAGUGAAAGUGGCAUCAUGGCGCUCCACCUGAAGGAAUCUACUCUUGACAGUAUCUACACAAAAAUGGACGAGAGCGGUAUACCUUAUUGUGUUAUCAUUGAUGAGAAGACCUUUAUUAAUGGCGUGGUUUCACUGAGGUCUAGGGACACGUCAUUGAAGGACCAACUACAUUUAAGUGAUGUGAAUUGGUGCCUAGUUAAAAUAUUGGAAACAUAUUAGACUAUCUCUGGAAAUGAAAUCUCAGUGAGAAACAUUAAGGAAGUUAGCAACUUGUACAGAGCCUCAGACUGGAUCCAGUAUUCAUUUGAAUCAACCGUUUUGUAACAAGGCUAACUGAAAUGGUUUUGUCAUCAAGAAAUAUCCUUUUGCAUAUAAUGCGACUUGUUCCAGUUCCAUAGACUGGUUGGAUGACUUAAAGCAUUCAUUAAUACGUAAACAUCAGAGAUGGGGAGUUGGAAGUUCUGUUACUCACUAAUGGUUUGUUUAUUGAUGACUUUUUACAUUUUACAGGUUGUAUUAAUAACUCAAUUUAGUGGCCUGUUAAGGCCAAUCUUUACUUCUUGUUUAAUCAGAAAAAAAAAAGCACUUGAUGACCAUAGACUGCAGGUUUGAUCGAGGUAACAAAAAACUGGUGAAGAUAUUGAUAACGAGUUUGAGCAGAAUGAAGUAUUUCUCGAAAUACCUCUGCAUGACAUGAAAACCCUUAUCAUUGAAAUAAAAAGACGAUUUUAUGUAUAUAUAUAUAUA